AUGGCCCUCAUCAAGAGUCUCAUCAGCAUUCUUGCUCUCGUCGCCAUUGCCUUCGGGAUGGCCAUCGGCGAUUUCAACACCGCGAUCGACUUGAACGACACCGCUCGCUUCGACGGCUGGGUUGCUCCCCCUUGCGACAAGGUUACCUGCUGCGUCAAGCAGGAUCACGGUCGUUGCGCCCUCGGUCUCUACCUGAGCUGGAAGGAUGAACCCAUGUACGCCUACGUUUGGGACUUCAACUGCAAGGUCAUCGGAUUCCAUGACAAGCUGGUGUUUAAGAAGACCACGUCUGUUGCUUCUGAGCUCCCAGGCUACGUCGUCGUGACUCCUGAGUGGGAGUUCCCGUCCUUCUUCAAGUAUCUCGGCAAAGAGUACCAAAACGGCUGGUCCGACCAGGGUGUCGACAAGAACCACGAUACCUGGUACGACCGUCACCACUUCGAUUGCUAG